GCGGGUACAUAUCCGCUCAAAAGUUAAGCUCUCGUCGCAUCAUUAUUGAAGCUUCAAGUUAACAUUUGGUUAAAAUGAAACAACGAUUAUUCUCUACUCUACGGAGUUUACAGCAUGAGAAUCCAUUGGGAUUACCACGAACAGGUAGUAUUCCGCGCAUGCAGCGUGGGUUGCCCGAACGAAGAAAAAUAAGAGAUGUAAAGAAAGUGAUUGCAGUUUCGUCUGCGAAAGGAGGAGUCGGAAAGUCGACGCUUUCUGUCAAUCUUGCACUCGCCUUUGCUCGCCGUGGUCUAAGGAGUGGUAUUCUAGAUACGGAUAUUUUUGGUCCCUCAAUACCGACACUGUUGAAUCUAUCGGGAGAGCCGAGAUUAUCCUCAAACAAUCAACUUAUACCACUCUCGAAUUAUGGCGUCAAAUCCAUGUCAAUGGGUUACCUAGUGGGUGAUGCUGCACCAGUUGUGUGGCGUGGAUUGAUGGUCAUGAAAGCACUACAGCAACUUCUACACGAGGUAGAUUGGGGCGGAUUGGAUGUUUUGGUUCUCGAUUUGCCACCAGGAACCGGAGAUACUCAAUUGACUAUAACACAGCAAAUCGUACUUGAUGGAGCGGUAAUUGUGUCGACACCUCAGGACAUAGCCCUUAAAGAUGCAGUGAAAGGUAUCAACAUGUUCAAGAAGAUCGAUAUUCCAAUUUUGGGAAUGGUACAGAAUAUGUCGUUAUUCACAUGUCCACACUGUCAGAAUAGUACACAUAUCUUUGGGUCGCAUUCGGGGGUUACUAAUGCUUGUGAAAAGCACGGAAUUGAUUUUCUGGGAGAUAUACCAUUACAUGCGAGUAUUUGCGACGAUGCGGAUAGGGGAAAACCAACCGUCGUAGCGGAGCCUGAGAGCAAAAGAGCAAAAGCAUUUAUGUCAAUCACGGAAACCGUAGGAAAGAAGAUUGGCUUGUUCUGAUAGUAUUUAUUAAGACCAAAAUAACAACAGUCAAGUGGUGAUCAACAAACAUAGGCAAUGUAAAGCUAAGAAACUUGUAGGGGCAGUGAAAUUUAAGGAGUGCCAUAGAAAUCGUGGUAUCAAGUGCGGUGCAGAAAUUUUCGUACCUGGACUGUUGAUUCAAGGUCAGGUGAAAACAGAAAGCCCACCAAAGGCUCGUGAUUCUCAGGUUUCCUAUUCGAAAGCGAUCUUUAGCAUGUUUCAUUGCCAUUCGGUAACAAUACUGGUAGAAAAUUAAGUUCAUUCGAAGAACAAGCAUCCAAAAUUCUACUCCUCAUACGCAAAGCCUAUGUCAGCCUACAUCAAAUUGCCUAUGAUGAUGCUGAAGAGAAGGAAAAUGAAAAAAUAGAAAGGGAAAUCCCAGCCUGAACACCUAUACUUGCAGAGAGUA